UGGUGAGACGCGCGUGAAGUGCUUCAAAUAAAUGUGCGAAUAAUGGAGUCGAAAAUUAAAACGUACCCAAAUCUAACAUUAGAAUGCGAAAAAACAAAUUUAAAUUUGACGACGCCGUUCUCUAUAAACGACAUUUUGACUAAGGAGCAAUCGAAGUGUGAAUUUGAAAAUGGAAUGUUUCCAUUUGGCGGGAGAGUGAAUUUUUUGAAACCGGCCAGUUUCAAAGAUGGAUUUCCUAAAAAGGAGGUUAUAGAAAAGAGUAUGAAAUACUAUGACGAGUGUAAUUAUCGAGAUUACAGCGACGAUGGCGCUCUGGAUAUGUCAAGAAAAACACUGCCAGUCACGGAAUUGUCAGAUGACUACGACUCAAGAUCAUCACACACGGGCUCACCAGUGCGUCAAAAUUCGUCUCCAAAUUCUGACAUAGGCUACAAACCGUUCAACCUACACUACGAACGAAAAUGCACCACGCCUCCCCCAGAUACACGACUUAUGCACUCCCCAAACUACACAAUAGAAUACUCACAAAACAGCGGCAGAAAAAAGCGAUCGCGCGCAGCAUUCUCCCACGCCCAAGUCUACGAGCUGGAGAGAAGAUUCAGCCAGCAACGAUACCUAUCUGGACCCGAGCGCGCUGACUUAGCUGUAAGUCUUAAGCUAACGGAAACACAAGUGAAAAUUUGGUUCCAAAACCGUCGAUACAAAACCAAACGCAAGCAACUACAAAUGCAAGAAAGCGGGAUGUUGGCAGCGGCCGCAGCAGCAGCAAAUCACGCAAGAAAGGUAGCUGUAAAAGUACUCGUUAACAACAACGGACAAGCGAUACCAGAUCUCAAAUAUCAGAACCCUUUAAGCAAGACAGUAAAUCCAGCGUUGUUUGCGCCACCGAUUCUAGAAGGGUCACCUAUUUGGAAGCAUUUUGCGGGAAUGUAUGGAGUUGAUUUUACGAAAAAUCCGGAAUAUAAAGCGCUGUUACAGGAAUCAUACAAUCAAGCAGUUUUGCAAUCACUAUAUUCACCCCAUAUUGGAGUUAAUUAUCCGAAUAUACCGCUGCCGUACAUGUAUUACCCCGGUCAUCCGUUUGGGAUGCCCUUGUCUUGUGAUCUCGAUAGAAACCAAGGUGAAAGUAGUAGGGAAAAUAAGGAGUUCGAUAAAAAAGAUAGCAAAAGAGUUGAUAUUAAUGAAAACAGUAAUGAGAGUAUGGCCAGUAACAUUGAAAUUGAAAAUUAGUAUGACGAUGUUGUAUAACUACUUAUUU